CGCAGAGUCUAGAUCACGCCUUCGGUUUCGCAGACUGUCAGCUCCGAUCACAAAGUCCGUCAUGUGGGGGCUGGAGCAUACGUCAUAGGAAUUGCAAACCCACCUACAAGAAUGCACUUCGUCACGAAACUUAACCCCUCACAACAGCACUCCCUCUCAAAGUUCUCGUUCCAAAGUAAAUUCACACGCAUCCCACAAGCUUGCACCAUGUCCUCUUUCAGCAACACCGACACCGGCUCCAAAACUGCCGACCCUUACACCGCAAAGAACAAGGAUGAGGCCUCCUUGAAGGAGAAGGUCGAGGACCUCUUUACCUUUAUCGACAAGACCAAGUUCUGUUUAUUUACCACACACGCUGGCGACAGCGACCUGCUUGCCAGCCGCGCUAUGGCUCUCGCCGCCAAGGAGGGCAAUGGCUUCGACCUCCUCUUCCACACCAACACCGAGUCCGGGAAGACUGAUGACCUCAAGGAGGACUCGUCAGUCAACAUUGGCUUCAUCAACAACUCGGGAGAGUGGGCUUCCAUCUCCGGCCACGCCUCGAUCGAGACCAACCGCGAUAUCGUCAGGAAGCAUUACUCCCCGGCUCUGAAGGCUUGGAUUGGUGACCUCGGCGACGGCAAGCACGACGGUGGCCCAGAGGAUCCCCGCAUUGGCAUCAUCAGGGUCAAGGCCAAAACUGUACAGUACGCUGUCUCGAGGAGAACAACCGUUGGUGGCUUCGUCGAGCUGGCCAAGGGCAUUGCGACCGGCGAGGCUCCCAGCGUCAACAAGCUGAGGCACAUUGAUGAGUCCGAGAUUUCGCAGUGGAAGUCCCAGUAAAUACUUCGGCAUCAUUUCUCUGCUUAGUAUAAUCUGAGCCGAUCUUGACGGAUGAGUCAACUCUCUUUGCAUACUGCAUGUAUCGCACGAGCCAUCUGUACCUUUAUGCAUAAUUAGUCAAAUAAACAAAACAAUUGAAAAAAGCCAC